AAAAAGGUGCGGCAAUGUGAUGCAUUGAUUAUGAUAGCGCUUCGUGUAGAAUGGCGACUUCAGGUGGUAUUGGACGAUUUGCAGCAGGCGUUGUGAUUCUUAGUCUGGCUUGGACGUUUUCACCAGCCGUAGACUGUGUUGACGCGAAACCUCGGCGACCAAAUGUUGUACUUUUCAUAAUGGAUGACGUUGGAAUGGGAGACCUGGGAUGUUUCGGCAAUGACACGAUCCAGACGCCUAACAUUGACAGUCUAGCCAAGGACGGUGUCAAACUGACCCAGCACCUUGCCCUGCCAAUGUGCACGCCCAGUCGAGCUGCGCUUAUGACUGGCCGGCUACCUGCACGAUACGACAUGGACUCCCCGGGAAGAAUGAGAGUUUUAUUUUUCCUGUCAGCACAAGGAGGGUUGCCAUCUAAUGAAACCACGAUGGCUGAAGUUUUGAAAGAUAAUGGAUACGCCACAGCUUUGACAGGCAAAUGGCAUUUGGGUAUCACGUGCACAGAGAAGAAUUCUUGUUCGGAUCCCAAUUCUCAGGGAUUCGACUAUUUCUACGGCCUUCCUGUUACCAACCUGCUGGACUGUGGUAACGAGAGCACUAUCUUCCAUGCCUGGGCAAGAGCGAAAGGAGCUUACCCGAAAAUGUGGUUUUCUGUCAUCGCUGCGUUCACAGCAGCUGUCUUUCUAUACAUGAUAAAAGUCGUGUCUUGGAAGGGAGCCUUUUCCCUGACCUUGUUAGCUCUUGCUUCAAAUGGGCUUCUUCUGUUGGCCGCAAAAACGCCUAGUCUCGGGUGUGUGCUGAUGGAGAACAGUAGGAUCGUGGAGCAGCCCCUCCUUUUCGAUCAUUUGACGGAACGGCUACAUAGCCGAGCAAUCCACUUUAUGGAGAGCAACCGGCACCAGCCGUUUCUUCUCAUCAUGUCCUUCGUUCAGGCUCACACGGUGCUGUUCAACGACGACCGGUUCCGCAACCACAGCGUGCAUGGCCGCUACGGCGACAACUUGGAGGAGAUGGAUUGGAGCGUAGGGGAGGUUCUCAGGUCAUUGAAGAAUCUGGGCCUCGAGAACAACACCUUUGUGUAUCUGACGUCAGAUAAUGGAGGUCACGUGGAAGAGUUCACGGACGAUGAAGAACGACAUGGCGGCUGGAAUGGAAUCUACAAAGGAGGCAAAGGAAGCACGUGGGAGGGUGGUAUCCGAGUUCCAACUGUAGUCAAACUCCCUGGCGUUAUCCCAGCGGGCACCGUGGUGUCUCAACCCACACACCUACCGGACAUCUUACCAACUGUGGCGCGAGUUACCGGAGUCACACUGCCAACUGACCGGCUCUACGAUGGCCGAGACCUGAUGCCACUGCUGAUCUCCAACGACAGCAGUGAGGUGGUACACGAAUUCAUGUUCCAUUAUUGUGCAGGUUUCCUAAAUGCAGUCAGAUAUACACCCAAAGGCACAAACACUACUUACAAGCUUCAUUACCGUACCACUCGUCUGGUGCCCGGCACACAUGGCAUCGUAGGCUGCUUUGAUACCUUCUUGUGUCAGUGCGCGGGGAAUAGCGUGGUCUACCACGAUCCACCUCUCGUUUACGACCUAACCAAAGACCCCUCAGAAACCAGCCCACUUGAUAGCAACGACCCAAAGGUGCGAGGCAUCAUUGGAAAAGUAGCUAAGGCGGUAUCGCAUCACCAAGGCGGGUUACCAAGUCGGAGUGGUCCGUGGUCUGCCUGGUUGAAUAUGUUCCCUCGGCCAUGGGGAGUGCCGUGGUGCGGUAGCUUCCCUCACUACACCUGCGUGGACCCAUACUUGGAGAAAUUUCAGUCAGUUAGGGAGCAUUAGAAAUUUCAUGAGAUAUUCAACAAUCAGUAACAGUAUUGAAGUAAAAUAUGGAGCAAGUAAAGUUUGGCUCCUCGCCAGCCGAAGUCUUUCCGGUUAUCAUUAUAUGAGCAUGGGAUCAAUAAUGUGCAAAUUUAUGAUUAUAGAAUAAAUUGGUGAAUGGAUGGGAGAUGCUGGUUUUGCUCGACGAAUGAAAGAAAAACAGACAAACGGCAGAAAUGUUUCUUUUUUAAGUCUUUGAGAGAGUUUUAUCUGACGUUGACAAAGCCAUUCAACCACUUCUGCAGGUGGAAGGCUUAAAGACACACGAUAAAUGAUUUCGUGUUGGGUGGCCAUUGGCGUAACUGUGAGGGCGAAAUGAAGGCACAGGCCCCAAGCUUUAAGGACUGUGCCCCCGUGUGCCCUUGCUAAGAAAUUAGAGACGGAAAAAGUCGGUUAUUGUCCGCCUUGGCCAGUAUUAGAUGUGACAGAACCUAUUUUAGUCCCCCUUAAGAAAAUGAACUCCGCCUCCUGGAAAUUUCACCACUGCCGGUGGUGAUACCACUGUGUUCACUGUGUGAAGGGAAUUACGAAUACAAGAAAGAGAUGUCAUUUUUACACCUUUUCAUAGUUUCUCAAUUUGUUUGAAAAGUCUUUCGUAUUUGUUGAUUCACUGAUUUUUUUUGAUUGGUGUACCCCUCAAACUUGAGCCUUUUUCGAAAUACACUUGUACAUUAUACUCAGUGGAUGACGUUAAAGGCAGUUGGUGGCGCCGAAUCGAGCUGUUCUGUCCUACUGUUUGCGACGUUUUUGACAGGCGAGAAUUAGUUUAUAACACGAUGCAAACAAUAAAAACUGGACCAUUUUCUUUGCUUCCAUUAAGCGUCUUAAGAAUCUGGCAUUUUUUGCAUCACGUUCGAUACUUUCCUCGCAUUUUACCCCUGCUUGCGUCACAGAUAUAGAUGCACAGUUACGAACAAACGAUCGGGUUACUCGAGGUUCCGAGUCAUGCAGAGAUUAAAUUUGCCAAAUUAAUCUGAACUGUUAAAAGUUUUGAACAUACACGAUGUACAUUCCUGGGAUUUCUUUCACAAAACAUACUUGACUUGAACCACUACAUGCAUUGAUUUAAAAAGCGCUAUGUUUUCACAUAUAUCAAUCAGUACGUCUCCAAGACUGCCCGGUCUAAAGCAGGGCACGGUAACCAUGACGCUUGAUGGCGCUCUAUUGGGUCACUGUUGAUCAAUACCUGCAGCGACAGCGUACCGAAAUUCAAACACGUUUUUGGUUCAGUUUGUAACACUGUAUAGACCCAAUGAAUAGCUGAUUUCGGCACAAAGCUUCAGAGUACGUUAUUCAGAUUUUGUGUUAUCUCUGUACUGUAUGACAAGUGGCUUCUCUGCCGAUACUGUGAGAAUCCAAGCCACCAAUUUGUUGCAAAGUUGUGAAGCUAGCUGAGGACAAUAAAACUGCACUAGCAAUC